AUGAAAAAAAGAAAAUUUGAAAGAUGUAUUUAUCAAAUAUUGAAGAUAGUAAAAUUUUAUAUGAAUAUAUGGAUAAAAAUAAAGAAGUUGAUAAGAUAUGUAUUAAGUCCAUUAUUUUUAAGAGAUUCUUUUCAUUUUAAGACAUAUAGAAAAAGAAGGAUAUGCCCAACAAUGACUUUAGUUUUAGAUUUAGAUGAGACAUUAAUAUAUUGUACAAAAAAAAGGAAAUAUCAUUAUCAAAAAGAGGUGGAUGUAUUAAUUAAUGGAAAGUACUUACCAUUAUAUGUAUGUAAACGUCCAUAUAUUGAUUUAUUUUUCUCAAGUCUUUAUCCUUUUUAUGAAAUAAUAAUAUUUACCACAGCCAUUAAAUCUUAUGCUGAUACAGUAUUAAAUAUAAUAGAUGUUGAUCAUUAUAUUGAUAAAAAGUUCUAUAGAGAAGAUUGUUAUGAAAUGAAUGAAAAAUUAUAUAUAAAAAAUUUAACAAAUAUAAAAAAAGAAUUAUCCAAAAUUAUUCUAAUCGAUGAUUCUAAUAUAUCUGGAUUUCAAUAUCCUGAUAAUUUUUUCCCAAUAAAAAAAUGGCAAGGAGAUUUAAAUGAUAACGAACUAUUACAUCUUAUACCCUUCUUUUUAAAUUUAAGAAAAUUAAAAGAUAUUAGAUCAUUAUCCUCCUUUAGAUUAAUAUCACAAAAAGAUGUAUCCAAAUUAUUAUGUACAUCCUCAUCAAAACAUAUUAAAUUUUUAACAGAUGAUAAUUCAAAAUAUUUAUAUAGACAUUCUUUAGCCUUUCAAGCUAUUAAUUAUCUAAAAAUUUUUAUGAACAAAUUUAGAUAUGCUAGUUCAAAAAAACAAUGGAACGAAUUAGGGAAAAAAAUAAAUAACAAAUUGAAAUCAUAUCCCUUUUCCUUAUCAAAAUUAAAAGGUUCCAGUGAUGAUGAGCAUAAAAAAAAACACAGAAAGAUAAUUAACAACAGAAAAAUGUUGCAUUGA